CGACUUGUGCACGCGGCUUGCGGCGCUGCGUUACCGCGUGAAGUUAGUUGCGCGCGGCGAGCGAGGUCGUCGUCAUCCGUGGUCACAUUCCGGUGGCUGUCAGUGCGAGUGUCGGUUAAUGUCAGUUAGUCGUGUCAGUUGCCGUGAACGGCUGCUUGCGUGAUCUCUUGGCAGGCGAUGCUAUAGGUUGCGUACAUACAUCGUUUUCGAGGGAGCCGCUUUCUCGCGGUGUUGUUACCAUCCUGAAAGCAAUUGAUGCGGUCGUUAUCCUUUCACACUUUGCAGGCAACGAUCGUGUAGCAAGAGAGGCUGAAAGUGGCGAAAGAUGCUGGCGUCCAGCCAGACGCGGAUCCAACGUAGUCACACGUAUAGCCGCUUGACAGCUUGCUCUGAUGUUGACACACUGAGGAACGAGCACUGAACGAGCGUGGAUCUCCAGCUGCGCCGUGGUGACGAUGCAAAAUAACUCUAAAACCAGAGAGAUGUUCAUCGUCCGAGCCUUAGAAAAGAUACUGGCCGAUCGAGAUGUCAAGCGAUCGCACCUCUCGCAGCUCCGGAAGUCGUGCGAGUCUGCACUUGAGGACCUUCGUAACGAGAUCAAAGAUGUACCAGUCGUGCAAGGUGAAGAAGUCACCUCGAACGCUCUACCGCAACCCAAGAGCGACUCAAAUGUCAUCACCGCGGAGAAGUACUUCCUACCGUUCGAGCUGGCGUGCCAGAGCAAGUCCCCACGGAUUGUGGUAACGGCGCUGGACUGCCUGCAGAAGCUGAUCGCGUAUGGCCACCUGACCGGUAAUGUGCCAGAUUCGACAGAGCCGAACAAGUUGCUGAUCGUACGCAUUGUGGAGACAAUCUGUGGCUGUUUCACUGGGCCGCAGACGGAUGAAGGUGUGCAACUGCAGAUUAUCAAAGCUUUGUUGACUGUGAUGACGAGCCAGCAUGUGGAGGUGCAUGAGGGUACAGUACUCUUGACAAUUCGUACCGUUUACAACGUCUAUUUGGCGUCGCGCAACCUGGUGAAUCAGACUACGGCUCGCGCGACGCUCACGCAGAUGAUCAACGUAAUCUUCGCGCGGAUGGAGACGCAGGCCGAGGAGGAGAGCGUGAAACUCGAAGGAGAGCAUCAGCAGGAGACCGCUGUCGUACCGAACGGCGAGGCCGAUGCUGAAUUGACUGCGGAGAACGCCUCCGACGCGGUCGAUCCGCAAACAAUCGUCAAGGGCAUCCUCGACGACGUGGUGAACUCGGUGGUGCCUCUGGAGGAAGAGGUCAGCCUGGAGAAUGUCAGUCCGGAGGAUAACGGCGACGAGGCGGCAGCCGAAAACGACAACAUGGUCACCGCGAAAUUCACCCACGUGUUGCAGAAGGACGCGUUCCUGGUGUUCCGUGCUCUCUGCAAACUCUCGAUGAAGCCGCUGCCAGAUGGCACGCCCGAUCCGAGAUCGCACGAACUCCGAUCCAAGAUUCUCUCCCUACAACUGCUUCUGGGAAUCCUGCAGAAUGCCGGCCCGGUGUUGCGCUCAAACGAGAUGUUCGUCAUUGCCAUCAAGCAGUAUCUCUGCGUCGCGUUGUCGAAGAAUGGUGUGUCCUCGGUGCCGGAAGUGUUUGAGCUCUCGUUGGCACUGUUCCUGGCGUUACUCGCGCGUUUCAAGGUACACCUGAAGAUGCAGAUAGAGGUGUUCUUCAAGGAGAUCUUUAUGAACAUCCUCGAGACCUCCAGUAGCUCAUUCGAGCACAAGUGGAUGGUCAUACACGCGCUCACGAGGAUUUGCGCAGACGCUCAAAGUGUCGUCGACAUCUAUGUUAAUUAUGAUUGCGAUCUGUCCGCAGCGAAUCUCUUUGAGAGGCUCGUAAACGACCUCUCCAAAAUUGCUCAGGGUCGCCAGGCUCUGGAACUCGGCGCAUCACCGAAUCAGGAGAAAUCCAUGCGUAUCCGUGGCCUGGAAUGCCUUGUAUCUAUCCUGAAGUGCAUGGUAGAGUGGAGCAGAGACUUAUACGUCAAUCCCAGUGUGCCGGCGGAUCAGCAACCGCUGUCGGAUCCGCCAGAUCCGGCACCGGAGACCCCGUUACCGCGUUACGGCAGCGCUGGUAGUCUCUCUUCGGCCAACUCCAGCUUAACCGGCAACAAGGAGGUGCCGGAUUCGCCAGAGCAGUACGAAGUGCAGAAGCAACAGAAAGAGGUAUGGGAGACCGGCAUCGAGAUCUUCAGCCGGAAACCCGGCAAGGGUGUGCAGUACCUGCAAGAGCAGGGUCUGCUUGGCACGUCGCCGGAGGAUGUAGCCAGGUGGUUGCAUCUGGACGAGCGACUCGACAAGACGGCCAUCGGCGAUUUCCUAGGUGAUCACAAUCACAACCAGGUAAUGUACCAUUACAUCGACCAAAUGAAUUUCGCUGAGCGCGACCUAGUAACCGCGCUCAGGUACUUCCUCGAGGGUUUUCGACUGCCCGGCGAGGCACAGAAGAUCGAUCGAUUGAUGGAGAAGUUCGCCAGCCGUUACUGCGAGUGCAAUCCUAACAACGGCCUCUUCACCAGUGCGGAUACAGCCUAUGUUCUCGGUUUCUCGAUCAUAAUGCUAACUACCGACCUGCACUCGCCGCAGGUCAAGAAUAAAAUGACCAAGGAACAAUAUAUCAAAUUGAACCGACGCAUCAGCGAUAACGAAGACCUGCCCGAGGAAUAUCUCUCUAGAAUUUACGACGAAAUCGCCGGUAACGAGAUCAAGAUGAAAUCAAAUCCGAACAACAGUCGACUUGCCGGCAAGCAGCUGAUCUCCAGCGAGAAGAAACGGCGAUUAUUGUGGAACAUGGAAAUGGAGGUGAUCUCAACUGCGGCAAAGAAUCUGAUGGAAUCCGUCAGCCACGUUCAAGCGCCAUUUACCACGGCGAAACACCUGGAGCACGUGCGGCCGAUGUUCAAGAUGGCCUGGACGCCGUUCCUCGCGGCCUUCAGCGUCGGUCUUCAAGAUUGCGAUGAUCCAGAGAUUGCGUCGCUCUGCCUGGACGGCAUCAGGUGUGCCAUCCGCAUCGCGUGUAUCUUUCACAUGAGCCUGGAACGCGACGCUUACGUACAGGCAUUGGCGAGAUUCACCCUGUUGACAGCCAACUCUCCCAUUACCGAGAUGAAGGCGAAAAAUAUCGAUACUAUCAAGACCCUUAUCACCGUAGCUCACACCGAUGGUAACUAUCUGGGUAGCUCAUGGCUGGACGUUGUCAAGUGCAUUUCCCAGCUAGAAUUGGCACAGCUGAUCGGUACUGGAGUACGGCCUCAGCUGCUGGGUCCACCGUCGAAACCGCACUUCCCCUCGCCGCUAGCAAACUUUGGCAAUCUCACGCACUCGGGCAGCUCGCAUCAGAGCAAUCUCAAUCUGAGCUCGCUGGACCCGAGUGUGAAGGAAUCCAUCGGCGAAACCAGCUCGCAGAGCGUUGUCGUGGCUGUUGAUCGCAUCUUCACCGGUUCCACGAGACUAGAUGGUGAUGCGAUCGUGGAAUUCGUCAAGGCUCUCUGCCAGGUCUCCUUAGAGGAACUGGCACAUCCAACGCAACCCCGAAUGUUCUCUCUCACAAAAAUUGUCGAAAUCUCGUAUUACAAUAUGGGUCGCAUCAGGCUACAAUGGUCAAGGAUUUGGCAAGUCCUCGGCGACCAUUUCGAUAGGGUAGGAUGCAGUCCUCGACAGGAUAUUGCAUUCUUCGCGGUGGAUUCUCUGAGGCAGCUAGCUACCAAAUUUAUCGAGAAAGGCGAGUUCGCCAACUUUAGAUUCCAAAAAGACUUCCUCAGACCAUUCGAGCACAUCAUGAAGAAGAACAGAUCGCCGGUGAUCAGAGACAUGGUUGUGAGAUGCGUGGCGCAAAUCGUCCACUCGCAGGCGCCCAACAUUCGAUCCGGUUGGAAGAACAUUUUCAGUGUUUUCCACCAUGCAGCCAGUGAUCGCGACGAGUCUGUCGUCGAACUGGCCUUUUCCAUGACCGGCAAGAUUAUUAAUGAACUGUACGCAGAGGACUUCAGCAUCAUGGUGGAUUCUUUCCAGGACGCUGUCAAGUGUCUGAGCGAGUUUGCGUGCAACGCGUCUUUUCCAGACACCAGCAUGGAGGCGAUCCGGCUAAUACGUUCCUGCGCGUCCUACAUCGAUGCGAACCCCAAUCUCUUUGCGGAGGGUAUGAUGGACGACAGCGGCAUGGUCUCCGAAGAGGAUCGCGCCUGGGUGAGAGGAUGGUUCCCACUCUUGUUUGAGUUAUCUUGCGUGGUAAGCAGGUGUAAGCUAGACGUCAGGACACGCGCGUUAACGGUACUCUUCGACGUCGUCAAAACUCACGGGGCGUCCUUCAAACCCCACUGGUGGAAAGAUCUGUUCCAAGUGCUUUUCAGAAUCUUUGAUAACAUGAAACUACCUGAACAGCACACUGAGAAAGCAGAAUGGAUGACAACAACGUGCAAUCACGCGCUGUACGCUAUUGUGGACGUGUUCUCGCAGUUUUACGAUAUCCUGGGUCCUCUGUUGCUGGAACAGUUGUAUUCCCAGCUUCUCUGGUGCGUUCAGCAGGAUAACGAACAACUGGCCCGAUCAGGUACCAAUUGUUUGGAAAAUCUGGUGAUAAGCAACGGUAUCAAGUUUGACGAGCAGACCUGGGAAAAAACCUGCCAGUGCGUCUUGGAUAUCUUUGAGAGUACUCUUCCGUCCGCGCUGCUCACUUGGAAGCCGCAAUCGCCCAACAAGGAGUCCGACCUCGACGUGAUCACGGGCGAUUCCGACGGUCACCAUGUUGGCAUUUUAAAGAGGAGCAACAGCGCGCAGAGCCUAAACACGGAGGCCUUACCGAAGGCGAAACUUUUCUCCGCGCUGCAGAUUAAGUGUGUCGUCCAGCUGGAGUUAAUACAGACCAUUGACAAUAUCGUGUUCUAUCCGGCGACCUCGCGUAAAGAGGAUCAGGAGAAUCUGGCACUUGCGCAGGCCGACAUGCUGAACGGCAAGUCGUCGGAGCUUGUGAAAGCCGGCGCCGACCAGCAGAAGGAGGAGCAGGGUAUGUACUGCGCUCUGACAACCAACCAUCUUCUGCAGCUGGUGGAGUGCUUGCUACGGUCACACCGCUUCGCCAAGAGCUUCAACUCGGACCACGAGCAGCGCAACGUGCUGUGGAAGGCUGGCUUUCGCGGUAACGUGAAGCCGAAUCUGCUGAAGCAGGAGACGCAGUCGCUCGCCUGCGCGUUGCGCAUUCUCUUCAAGAUGUACAGCGACGAGGCGCAUCGCGCGGACUGGCCCAAAGUCGAAACAAGGUUGGUCGAGGUGGCAUGCGAAGCACUCGAGUACUUCCUCGCGAUCGCAAACGAGGCUCACCGUGAUGCUUGGACCCCGAUCCUCCUCCUGCUGCUGACACGGAUCCUCAAGAUGAGCGAUCACCGUUUCGCGGUCCACGCCUCUACCUGCUAUCCCUCGCUUUGUGAGGUCAUGUGCUUCGAUCUUAAGCCUGAGCUGAGAUCGGUGCUGCGCAGAUUCUUCCUCAGGAUCGGACCGGUCUUCAGAAUCACGCAGCAGUAGUGACGGGCCGCCUGCGGACACGAAGCCAAUCGGACUGAAUGGACUUGAAUCCUGCUUGCGAAAGGGAGAGAAAGGGAGACAAUACGUUGUUGAACGCCCAUCUCUACCGACGCCGUAGAAGUGUAAUUAAAUGUAAUUAAAACGCGAUUGAAUGUUACGGCUCGCGUUAAACUAUUCGUAUACGAUCCAACGAUUAAACGCAAUGGAUUUUCGUUGCACCGAGGUCCCUAACGUGGUCAUGUUAUUUUCACGUCGCACAUCGGAAGUUUUAUCGCAACUGUUUGCCUCGUCGUGUAGAAUCGCGUUUAAGCGCUGAAGAUGGCGCGCUAAACCGGAAUUCUACCCGGAAUUCUGACGUGCGGAUGCAUGAGCAGCGUGUUAACUGCAUCUUGCAAUUACUUGAUUACAGAAUGAGAUCUGUUAAUUAUAGUAACUCUAAUUUAUAACGCAAUUAAUCGAUCAAUGUAUUUUAUUAGUAGGAUAUUGAUACGAAUAAUGUUAAUAUUCACGUUCAGUACGUCUAGCGUCUUAAAAAUGUGACGAGAAUGAACACUAUUUUGCACGCGUUUGCAUAACAUUUAUCACGGCAAUCCUUGGAUCGCAUAUGAACUGUUUACCUCCACUGUGUACACAUGAGUUUAUGUAAUAUAAUGGGGUACAUAUAUAUAUAUAUAUAUAUAAAAGUUAUUAACUAUAAUAUAUAUAUAUAUACAUAUAUAUAUAUAUAUAUAUAUAUAUAUAUAUAUAUAUGUACAAGGUGAUACGGGAAAUCUUGA